AUGGCUUCAUUAGAAGUUAUUUCUCCAGAAGACCCAGGAUCCCUUUGGAAGGCAUUAAAAGAUUCACAGUCAAUCAAAAAUACAUUGAGCACAACACAGAAACUACCAGGACACAAAAAGUAUCUAAGUGCAUUAGCUGAAACAUAUCAGAAUGCUGUUAGUUGGGACACUUGAAAACAGGUGCUCUUGAUAAUGGCAGACCUUGUACCAUCAUCAGUAAUCCAGAAGUACCUACCUGGUAUCACAUAAUAUAGAAUCAAAACAGCGCGACACCACAAAUUUGAAUAUGGGCGUGGUGCUCCUUUGGCUAUCACAAAAAGCCCAAGAAUGUGUAUAAACAAUUCUCAAUUAGAUCCUUUCCUUUUUCACAAGUCCCCACGUCAUUCAAGAUCUACCGUUUGGCCAACGCUAUCUGCGAUUAAGUAACAGAAAGGUGUUAGAAACACCAAACAUCAGAACAAUGAUUUCUCAACGUAUUGUAGACCAGUAUCGCCAGUUUUGCUCGGAGACAAACUUUACGCCUUUCAGUCCAUCUACUAUGCUGCGUAUAUUAUCGUCCUGCUCUGCAACUGUAAGGAAAUCCUUACAGGGGUUAGACUAUUUCACAGCAGAUGGAGCGAAAGCUUUUGAUGAUUUAUUAUCAAUUGCAGAAAAAAUUGGUGAUCGCGGUCAAGACAGACAGUGGGUAGAAAGGUGGGAACAAGCGUUGAAACAAGGAAAGCAAUACCUUAAGACAGGCUACAAGGUGCGUAUUAUGGUGAUUUUGAACCUCUCGCAAAACGUCAAGCCUGACAGGAGUAAAAAUAAAUAAAAACAAACAAAGAAGCAAACAAAUAAAUACAUAUAAAUUUUAUCGCACUAUAGGGCGAAAGGAUCGAGAUAGCAGAGGUUAGACCUAUUGAGAAUUAUCAUCUCCUAGAUCAAAUUGUAAUUUUUUAGUUGAUAUUUGUGGAGAACCUGGAGAAACCGGGUCGCAUUGGUAAAAGGCAAGUGCACUCACCACUAUGCCACGCUUGAGUCCCAGUAGCCCAGCUUUUAGUUAUCUCAAUAUUGAUCUUGACUAAUAGUUUGAUUUUUGUUCUACCCUGCAGGUGCAUAUAACAGAAAACUCAAAUGAUGCUGAUCAUUGCUUAGUGUAUGCACUCAGUGAUCCAAAUAAAGAACUUCAGUCUAUCACAUGUUGUCACCAACAUGAUCAAAGCUGCUCCUCUUGUGAAGACCUAAAAAAUAUCAUCAAAGUUUAUUUUUUUCACCUUUAUAGUACAACAUCAAUUAUCGCACAAUCACCUCCUGGCAAAUACUCAAUUGACUACCGGCGAUUUUGUGGAUGUACGUACUUUGACCACUGCGACCAAGGGAAAGGAAAAGCCAAAAGAAGUAGAGGAACACCAGACGAUCACACAGGGAAAUGA